CUCGAUUGCCGGGACACAAACAAGCCCCGACUUAUGCCUACCGCACGCAAACCACAUGACUCGUCUUACCUUCAAGUCUGCACAACAAGGCUGCCACAUGGCCGACGGUUCCUUCCCCAGGGCCUAUAUGAGCACAGUAUCUCCAUGCGGUCUUUCUGCAAGCACAAAGAGAAGUCGCCCUCUUCCAGACUCUCCGCUGUGCUUCCACUGCGAAUGCACAAUUGAUUUUGUAUAUCUCACAGAGGCGGAACCAGCUGGAUGGAUGGCCAACAUAUCCAGCAAAGGUCGAAAUGGCCCCCCAAGACCGUGGUGGACCCUAUCACGAUUUUCCAUGUGACCUGCCCUCGGGCCUCGCCAGAUGAAUCGAACUCUUGGUUGGCAUCGGCUGGCCGGGGACCCUUUUACCGACGACGUUCCCAGGAAGCUGCCGCAAUAGACCCCAAGACAGUUAGCCACCAAGCUUCUGGGUCGAUUGCCGGCCUUCAACUACAAUCGAACUGCCCCAAAGCUCGGAUUGAGGCAGCCGACUUUCGUUCUAGAGGGCGGCUUGCCUGGAAGUGCCAUCCACGGACGAAAAGGGCCACGGCAGGUUCGCGCCAUUGGGGCCAUCCUGGCGCCGGCGUCCAAACAUAUCGAGCUCGUUGCAGAUGCCCAGAAGAGACCUAUCAAUCCUCACUCUCGACGAGCCCAGGCUUAGCUUACAUGGCCGCGGCGCGCUCCCCUGUCAAAGUGUCCGCCGUGGGCUGAUUUGGAUGCUGAAGCCGUCAUGUCGUGAGAGACGAUUGGCGGCUAGAGACUGCGGUCGGGGACCUAAGCCCGCCACAUAUGAGGGGUUGGCUCCGCGAUACCUGGUUAGCGCCAUCCCGACGUCAGCAGUAACUGAAUGCAUGGGCGUUGCACAAGCUUCGCUUGUUGGAGAGAAGGUG